GCAAGUGAUUCACAAAUUUUACCCAACCGGAAAAAUUUACCUUUGCGUCGCAGGAAAAUUUACCGUGUCGACGGAGUGUUAUAUAUUUGGCACAUCCAGUCGGAUUAUCAGCCUGAGAACUUGUAAAAGUUUUCAUCUUCAAACGUUUUUCCAUCUUCAGUCGGUGAAAAUCUCUGUUAAACCCUAAAAUUCUUGUUUUGAGGAUUGAAGUAUCUUGCAUAUAUGGAUAUCGAUUUUAAAGAGUAUCAGUUGAGAUGCCAACUCCGAGGUCACGAGGACGAUGCUCGUGGUAUAUGCAUAUGUGGUGAUGCUGGUAUUGCGACUUCUUCAAGAGACAGAACUGUUCGGUUCUGGACUUUAGAUGAAUCACAAAAGCGUGACUACAUCAUGUCAAAAAUGUUAUUGGGCCACACUAGUUUUGUGGGACCAUUGUCUUGGAUCCCGCCAAAUGAGGAGUUUCCUCAGGGUGGAAUUGUAUCUGGAGGGAUGGACACUCUUAUUCUGGUCUGGAAUUUGGCCACCGGAGAGAAAGUUCAGAUGCUGAAGGGUCAUAAAUUGCAAGUCACUGGAAUUGCAUUGGAUGGUUCAGAUAUUAUUUCAGUAUCCGUAGAUUGUACAUUGAGACGCUGGAGGGGAGGCCAACAACUUGAGGCCUGGGAAGCCCAUAAUGCAGCAAUUCAAGCAAUUGUUAAGUUGCCUUCUGGCGAGCUUGUUACAGGUUCAAGCGACAUGACUUUGAAGCUCUGGAAGGGAAAGUCCUGUAUCCACACUUUCCUUGGACAUACAGAUACCGUUCGAGGACUGGCUGUUAUGCCAAAUCUAGGUAUUCUUUCAGCAUCACAUGAUGGUUCUAUCAAGCUGUGGGCUAUCAGUGGGGAACUUCUGAUGGAGAUGGUUGGUCACACAUCUAUUGUCUACUCUGUUGAUGCUCAUGCAUCUGGUCUUAUAGUGAGUGGUAGUGAGGAUUGUUCAGCAAAAAUAUGGAAAGAUGGAGUUUGUGUGCAAAGCAUAGAGCAUCCUGGUUGUGUUUGGGAUGCAAAAUUCUUGGAGAAUGGCGACAUAGUGACUGCUUGCUCUGAUGGCGUUGUGCGUGUUUGGACCUUAUAUCAUGAUAAGAUUGCUGAUGCUGUAGAACUUGAUUUUUUUGCUUCACUACUUUCUCAGUAUAAGAUCAGUAGGAAAAGAGUUGGUGGGCUGAAAUUGGAAGACUUACCUGGUCUAGAUGCGUUAAAGACUCCAGGAACUAGUGAUGGGCAGACAAAGGUAGUUCGAGAAGGAGACAACGGUGUGGCUUAUGCAUGGAAUAUGAGGGAACAGAAGUGGGAUAAGAUUGGUGAAGUUGUUGAUGGACCUGACGAUAUGAAACGCCCGGUGCUGGAUGGGAUUCAAUAUGACUAUGUAUUUGAUGUCGACAUUGGAGAUGGUGAGCCUGUGCGGAAAUUGCCGUAUAACCGAUCAGAAAACCCAUAUGAUGUGGCUGACCAGUGGCUACUCAAGGAAAAUUUACCUCUUUCUUUCCGGCAGCAAAUUGUCGAAUUUAUUCUGCAAAAUACAGGACAGAAAGAUUUCACUCCAGAUCCAUUGUUUCGGGACCCCUACACUGGAUCGAGUGCUUAUAUACCUGGAGCACCAUCCAAAUUGCCAGAUGCCGCCAAACCUUCUUACAAGCACAUUCCCAAAAAAGGAAUGCUUGUUUUUGACAGCGCUCAGUUUGAUGGAAUUCUCAGAAAGAUUUCGGAGUUUAACAACACGCUGCUGUCUGACAAGGAGAAAAAGUGUUCAUCGCUUAAUGAGGGUGAUAUGUCAAGAUUGAGCGCAAUUGUCAAGAUUUUGAAAGACACAUCGCACUAUCACAGCAGCAGAUUCUCAGAUGUUGAUGUUGCAUUGACGAUGAAGUUGCUGAAAACAUGGCCAGUUCCAAUGUUAUUUCCUGUAAUUGAUGUUAUGAGGAUGAUUGUACUGCACCCAGAUGGAGUUGCCAAGCUGCUGCAGUAUGUCAAGAAUGAAAAUGAUAUAGUUAGCGAGUUGAUCAAGAAAGUAACUGCAAGUCCUCCACUUCCUGCGAAUCUGCUUACCAGCAUCCGCGUGGUUACUAAUCUCUUCAAAAAUUCAUGCUACCAUGCAUGGUUGCUAGUACAUCGUGGUGAGAUUCUUGAUGCCUUCUCAAGUUGUUGCUCAUCUUCAAAUAAGAAUGUCCAAAUGUCUUAUGCGACAUUGUUACUCAACUACGCAGUUCUAUUGAUUGAGAAGAAGGAUGAGGAAGGCCAAUCUCAAGUUCUUUCAGCAGCAUUAGAGAUGGCAGAAGAGGAUACUGUAGAUUCUGAUUCAAGAUUUCGGGCUUUGGUGGCCAUUGGAUCGCUGAUGCUCGAAGGCCUAGUGAGAAGAGUGGCGUUGGAUUUUGACGUUGUAAAUAUUGUCAAGGCCGCAAAGGCAUCUAAGGAUGCCAAGAUUGCUGAAGUUGCAGCUGACAUAGAACUGGUCGCAAAACAGAAUUGAAUGCUUAGUACAUCCUUGAUUAUGUGCAGUUAGAUGGCAUUACAGUGGAGAAUAUUCAUAGUUGAGAGAGAACCGUUUGCUGGAGUUUUCACAGUGGAGAAUCUUGCAGAGCAUUUUACCCAGUAUUUAUACAAUGUCCAGGCCCGAAAUCUGGAGUUCUUUUGAAACGUUGAAAAUCGAAGUGUCUGGAUACUGAUUCCAACCGGAUUUUUCAGGGCUGGAAGAAAUUUGUUGCCCUUGCUUGUUUUAUAGGGAAAAAUUUGGAUAUAAUUUGGAUAUCUAUAUCUAUGUACACAUAUAAUCCAGUUGAUGUCCAUGAGAUGAAAUUAUUGUUUGGUUAGGUAA